UAGAUUUGUAUAGACGACACCUUAUUCUGAAAGAACACAACCGGAAGUCUUGUUCCUAGGUAAACUGUUUCACCCGACAUUGGAGGCAGUAGCCAUGGACGAGUAUCACACAGAGGAUGAGACUGUGUUCGUAGUUGAAGAAGUGAGCGAAAUUAUUAAAGAGUCAGUGGAAACAGCAAUAGGAGGAAAUACCUACCAGCACAACAGAGUGAACCAGUGGACCACCAGUGUAGUGGAGCAGUGCCUCGGUCAGCUCAGCAAGCUGAAGAAGCCUUUCAAAUAUAUUGUAACCUGUAUCAUCAUGCAGAAGAACGGAGCAGGUCUGCAAACAGCCAGCGCAUGCUUCUGGGACAACUCAAGUGAUGGAAGCUGUGCAGUGAGAUGGGAGAACAAGUCCAUGUAUUGUAUCGUCAGUGUUUUUGGGCUGGCCAUUUGAAUCAACCACGACGUACCUGAAGUGAACCAGCAUGUUGUAUUUGGUUGUGUUGGCUAUAUUUGAAUAAACAUAUAUUUUUAAUGAUGCAUAA